GGAAAUUCUGGCUAUGCCUCUCUCUAUGCCUUUUGGAAGGUUUAUGUGUGCCUAAAGCUCUGCUGGUGUACUCUCUCGGCGAAAUUCACCCUCUAAAGAGCCCAAUGAUAAGGCUUGGUAAGCCAACUUGCAACCUUUGCUCCGGAAGGACGCAGAAGAGGAGGGCGUGUGGUAUCGAAGAGGCAGGUGGCUUCACCAUUCAGGAAGCAUCAUGAUGCCGGCUUGCCUGGCGCGUCGCCUCGGCUGACGAUCCCCCUGUCAGUCCAGCCUGGUACAUAAGACCAUGCCGCGGUUGACGUGAACAAUCCCCGAUACUCUUUCCCUUUUUCGUAUCCAGUACCACUUUGUUCUCCGCCCCCAUCAACUACUCUCAUUAUGGCCGACGACUCUCGCGCACCGCAGGAAGCCGCCUGGAAGGCCCCCCUCAUCCGCGGGCUCUACCAACGCUCGUUCGCCGGCAUCAUCGUCACCAUCGUAGGCCGCUCUGCCGACAUUCCCUUCCAAUACGUCCUCUUCAAGAAAGGGUACGCCGUCAGCCUGUUCGCCCGCGUCGGCAUCCUCUCGCAGCCCGAUGUCGCCCAGGCCGCCCUCACCACCGGCGCUGGCGUUGGCGGGCUCGGGCCAGUGCCCACGCUCCUUCUGGGGAUCUACACGAUCGCCUCGAUGCGCCACAUCUACUGGGUGACGAUGACAAACACGAUGUACUUUGGGCCGACGGGCGGCGCGAUUGUCGCGGUGUACAACAGCCUGCUUAACACGGCGAACACAUUCAUGGUGGCGUAUGGGGCGACAAGUCUAGUGCGGGCCGCUGCAAACGCGGCAACCUCCAACUCGAUUGCAGGCUGGGCCACUUCGCUCGGGUGGCAGCAGUGGGCGGGCCUCGGCCUCUUCCUCUCCGGCAUUGCCAUCGAGAUGCUUUCUGAAGAGUCGCGCAAGAAGUUCAAGAAGGAUCCGAGGAACAAGGGCAAGGUCGACGGCACGGGCCUAUUUGGCGUAGUACGCCAUCCCAACUACCUCGGCUACACCCUCUGGCGUACUGGCGCCUCUCUUGCCACCGGCUCCAUUCCCGCGGCGGUCAUCUCGUUGCUGUGGCAGAUUAACUCGUUUGCCGGGUCGAUUCCAGACCUCACGCAGUAUAUGGCUCAUCGGUACGGCCAGCAGUGGACGGAGUACGAGAAGCGUGUACCUUACAAAAUUAUCCCUGGUCUGUACUAGGAGUCCGGGAUGUGUAUUGUGCCAUUUCUGGUCCAUACGCGAGCUCUCGUAUGCGAUUUUCAGACAUAUCACUUGCUCCUGUAGGCGUGGAUACCUUUCUAGCUGUUCGUGAAGUUGAAUUGUGGAAAUAUAAUCACGUGUGGUCAUCUC